UAACCGUCAAAGUAAGGCGCUUUCACCGUCGGAUUAUCUUUAUCAACUCCAGUAUUACUCUUCUAGGGUUCUCUUCAACCAACAAGGCUUCGGGCAGCAGAGCUUCUCUAGUCCAAUACUAACAUCCAACUAUGGCGACUCAAAUGAGCAAAAAGCGAAAGUUCGUAGCUGACGGAGUUUUCUUCGCGGAGCUGAACGAAGUUUUGACCAGAGAACUGGCGGAAGAUGGAUACUCUGGCGUUGAAGUUAGGGUUACGCCGAUGCGAACGGAGAUCAUCAUCAGGGCCACUAGGACUCAGAAUGUUCUUGGUGAGAAGGGAAGAAGAAUUAGGGAACUUACAUCUGUUGUUCAGAAACGUUUUAAGUUUCCUGAGAACAGUGUUGAGCUAUAUGCUGAGAAAGUCAACAACCGAGGACUCUGUGCUAUUGCUCAGGCUGAGUCAUUGCGCUACAAGCUUCUAGGAGGGCUUGCAGUCCGAAGGGCUUGCUAUGGUGUCCUCAGAUUUGUCAUGGAGAGUGGAGCAAAAGGAUGCGAGGUUAUUGUCAGUGGUAAGCUCAGGGCUCAGCGUGCAAAAUCUAUGAAGUUUAAGGAUGGAUACAUGAUAUCAUCUGGACAGCCCGUGAAAGAAUAUAUUGACUCUGCUGUGAGGCACGUGCUCCUUAGACAGGGUGUUCUUGGUAUCAAGGUAAAGAUCAUGCUCGAUUGGGAUCCCAAGGGUAAGCAAGGUCCCACAACGCCUCUACCUGAUCUGGUUACCAUCCAUCCACCCAAGGAGGAAGAUGAAUACAGCAUAAGGCCGUCUUUUGCGGCGACAGAUAUACCAGUUGCUGUUGCUUAAAAUUUCUUUGUUUUCCUUUUACUUUGAGUUCCUCUUUUUCUUUAGAAAAUGGAUCUAGUAUUUGGUUAAAAUUAGGAAGUAUUGUUUUGGAGUCUGUUUAUGAUAUAUUACUAUCCUUAUGGUUUAUGAUAUUUUGAAUCUGUCAUGAACUGUUGUAUCCUUGUUUCUGAACCAAAACCUGGUGCCAAGCAGUUGUUUCAUUGAUAAAUAGAGAUGGUAAGAGAAAUUUUUUUUUAUUACAUACAA